GCUCGGCUCGGCUCGGCGGCUCGGCUCGGCUCGGCUCGGCUCCCUCCCAGUUCCUGCCUUCCACUUCCGCCGUCCGUCGGCCGGCCGGGUGCAUUGACGGUGCUGCAAAGAGCGUCUUCCCCCCUCCUCUCGCUCAGGCGACCGCAGGCCCCGGAAUGGACCCCAUGAAGGCACAGCAGCUGGCCGCCGAGCUGGAGGUGGAGAUGAUGGCCGACAUGUACAACAGGAUGACGCAGGCCUGCCACCGCAAGUGCGUGCCCCCCCACUACAAGGAGCCCGAGCUGUCGAAGGGUGAGUCCGUCUGCCUGGACCGCUGCGUGGCCAAGUACCUGGACGUCCACGAGCGACUGGGCCGCAAGCUGACAGAGCUCUCCGUGCAGGACGAGGAGCUGAUGCGCAAGAUGCAGCAGGGCUCCAUCGGACAGUGAAGAGGCCGUCGUUUGGGGGGGUGCUCUGACCGCGCGCACCCACCUCCUGACCUCUCCCAGAAAGACUGAUGUGACGUCUGCCCUCAUCAAGAUGGCCACCGGACUGGGAGCGUCGCCUGCUCAGUGGUGGUGAUGGGGGGGGGGGGUGGUUGGUGGGUGGUGGUAAACAGAGACCAUUGUGUUGGGGUUCCCCCCCCCCGUCCCGUCCCAUUCCCUCUCCCUGGAGGAGCUGCUUCCCUUGUCCGCUCGACGUGGUGGCUGACCUUAACAAGAUGGCCUCCAGCCCGGGCGGACGGGCGCCAGGUGUCGGCUGGGGAGGGUGUGUGGGGUGGCAGCGAGGUUCCUGGGUGUCUGAGGGGGAGGGGCGGAGGGUGAGGGCAGAAAGGGGUGGGGUCCCAGUUCAGAGCAUCGUUGGCGGGAGUGUGUCCCCUCCGUCGUCACGUCUCCGGGAUUGCUGGACGCUAUGCAAAUUUUUAAAAGUAUAUAUAUAUAUAUAUAUAUAUAUCGGAGACAACUGAAAUGGAAAACUCUCGCCCUUCCCAGCGACGAGACGAGAGGCAGCGGUCCACCCACAGGUUCCGAGUGAGGCACUGUGCGGCUUUCGACCUGUGGAAGUAAUAAACCAGUUUGUUUUGUUAAAAUGUC